AUGGGAUGCGCGGCAGGGAUCCCCACCCAUCCUCACAACGCCCAGAUCCAGAGACCAGGUGAUACGGAUCAGAUGGCGAUGAAGGUGUCGAUGAAGAUGAAGUUGGCAGAGUUGGCUAGGCAUGGCCCAAAGCUCCCGAAGCCACAGCACACGCCACAGCCAGCUGUCGAGUCGUCUUGGGACUCUGCAACCUGGGCCCAAGACAUUCCAAGGGAUGUCCCCCGCCCGCCGAACCGGAUUUCGCAUGAGAGGCACCUCAAACUCAUGGACCUCUUCAGAAAAGAGAUCGAGGUCGCCCCAGAUGCCUUCAGUGACAUUAUCUCGAGUCACCGGCAGACAAUGUGA